AUAAGAGGUUGGGCUUUGGAUAGAUAGACAGACUCCUGGGUCCGGUCAACCAUCAAAAUGUCCAAAGAACCUCUCAUUCUCUGGCUGGUGAUGGAGUUUUGGUGGCUUUAUCUGACACCAGUCACUUCAGAGACUGUUGUGACGGAGGUUUUGGGUCACCGGGUGACUUUGCCCUGUCUGUACCCAUCCUGGUCUCAGAACAGCAACAGCAUGUGCUGGGGGAAAGACAAGUGCCCCCACUCCGGUUGCAAGGAGGCGCUCAUCCUCACUGAUGGAACGAGGGUGACCUCAAGAAAGUCAGCAAAAUAUAGACUUCAGGGGACUAUCCAGAGAGGCAAUGUCUCCUUGACCAUCUUGAACCCCAGUGAAGGUGACAGCGGUGUGUACUGCUGCCGCAUAGAGGUGCCUGGCUGGUUCAACGAUGUAAAGAUAAACAUGCGCCUGAAUCUGCAGAGAGCCUCGACAACCACGCGCAGAACAACCACCACCACACGCAGAACAACAACAACGAGUCCCCCCACCACCCCACACGUGACAACAACCAUAGCUGCACUUCCAACAACAGUCGUGACCACACCGGAUCUCACAAGCGGAACGCCACUUCAGACGACAACCACUGCUGUCUUCACGACAGCAAACACGUGCCCUUCACCAACCCCAAGCACCCUUCCAGAGGCAGCCACAGGUCUUCUGACUCCUGAGCCUUCUAAGGAAGGGCCCAUCCUCACUGCAGAAUCAGAAACUGUCCUCCCCAGUGACUCCUGGAGUAGUGCCGAGUCUCCUGCAGACACUGUCCUGCUGACAUCCAGAGAGUCCAAAGUUUGGGAUCUCCCACCAACAUCCCACGUGUCGAUGUGGAAAACAAGUGAUUCAGUGUCUUCUCCUCAGCCUGGAGCAUCCAAUACUGCAGUUCCUGAGCAAAACAAAACAACAGAAACAGGACAGAUGGAUGGAAUACCCGUGCCCAUGAAGAAUGAAAUGCCCAUCUCCCAACUACUGAUGAUCCUCGCCCCCUCCUUGGGAUUUGUGCUCUUGGCAUUGCUCGUGGCGUUUCUCCUGAGAGGGAAACUCAUGGAAACCAAUUGUUUGCAGAAACACACAAGGCUAGACUGCAUUGGAGAUAGUAAAAAUGUCCUCAAUGACAUGCGGCAUGGAAGGGAAGAUGAAGAUGGACUUUUUACCCUCUAACAACGCAGUAGCAUGUUAGAUGGAGGAUGGCGGCAUGACAAUCAAGUGUCAAAAUAAGUCUUAGGAGAUUUCUUUGUUUCAUAAAAAGGAUUCACUUAUUCC